AUGAAGGAUAAAGAUGUUAAAACAAGAAUGAAGAGAGGAUUUUGGAAACCUGAGGAGGACUUGAUAUUGAAGAAUUGCGUCGAGACUCAUGGAGAGGGAAACUGGGCUACCAUUUCUGAGAAGUCAGGCUUAAUGAGGAGUGGUAAGAGCUGCAGGUUAAGGUGGAAAAAUUACCUCAGACCGAACAUCAAGCGAGGAAUGAUGUCAGAAGAUGAAAAAGACCUCAUCAUCAGACUCCACAAGCUUCUUGGCAACCGAUGGUCGCUAAUUGCUGGUAGGCUACCUGGAAGAACAGACAAUGAAGUUAAGAACUUCUGGAACACACAUUUGAACAACAAGAGAUCAUGUAGAGGCAAAAAGAAGCAUGUAAAGUCCAAGGAGGCGAAUACUCAAAGCACACAAGGCAAAAUGCAAGAGUACCCUGCUGAGACAGUAAGCAACCAAGAAGUGGCCACCAAAACAGCUUUAGAUUCAUGGAUAGAAGAAAUGCAGGACUUACUAUCACCUCCGACAAUGAAUAACAUGCCAUUUCUCGAAGAUGAGCCUUUUAUUCCCAUAUUGGAUGACAUUGUCUUGCUUGAAGCAUUCACAAGUACUGGCAAAGAAACGUGGAAUGAGAUUCAGCCAUUCCUUUAGAAGUCUGUUGUAGUAUUUCUCUAUUGCAUCCUUCACAUAAGCGCACAAUUUCCACUAGCGCCAUGAGUAGUUAACAACUCCCAUGCUAGCGGUUUCGGAUUUGAGCUUGUGCUUCAUCUGCCUGAAAAUGUCAUGAGCUUAUUUGCGAAACCAAUUUAUGCAUGUAUCAAGAGGUCAGAAAUGAAUAGAUCUCCCUUUUUCUAAGUA